CUGUCAGUGAAUCUGAGUCUGCUGGAUGAUGGAGCUGGAGAAUUGUUGGCAGCGUGUCAUCAGGCUGCUCCUCCUGCUCAGCUUCAUGACUCUGCACAGCUCGGCCAUCGAGACCGUAAAUGUGGUGGACUUCUGUGGCCAGAUGAUCCGAGGUGACGGCAUGAUCGUGAACUCGCAUCAGGAAUCCAAGAAGUACUACUUUGUAACCAUGGGGACUGACUGCCACCUCACCAUGCAGGCCAUCUCUCCUAAAGACAAAGUCCAGUUCCACUUCCGUUUCUUCCUGGUCUACAGUUUGCUGCGAGUGGCCCCUAUGAGCCCAGCCCCUCUCUUCCCAGAGUCCCCUCGUGACCCUAUAGCCCUCAACCCGAGACUGGAGCCCACCUCUGGUGAAAACCUGGGGGAUCCGUGUCAUGCUGGCUCAUACAUUCAGUUUUAUGAUGGGAGGGACAGGAGUUCACCUUCCCUAGGGCCACCUCUUUGUGGGAAGAGCCCACCCAGGCCAGUGCUGUCAACAGGAAACUACUUGACCCUAAGGCUGGUGACCCGGGGAACUCAGCCCAGAGUCGAUUUUGUGGGAGACUUCACCUCCUUCAGACUUGGUUUCAACCAAUCAGAGUGCAGCAGUGACCCCUACUUCACCUGCAGGAAUGGCAAGUGUAUCCCUCUCAGCCUGGUGUGUGAUGAUAAAGGCAUUGACAACUGUGGGGAUGGAAGUGACCUAGAGGAAAAGUUAACCACUGGCUGCAGAGCAGGUCAGUUACUACCUCCUGAACCUCCACCACCGAUAGCCACACCACCCCCAUCUUUUGGGAAUCCACCCACAGUGCCACUUCCCACACAUAUGAACUGUGACAUUCCAGACAGCGCUCCCAGCCAUGAGUCAGUAAAAGACUCUCCAUCCUCCCUGUCUCUGUUGAUCCUCUACAUCAUCCUGGCUGUGGUAGCAGGUGGCUUGGUGCUGUGCUGGUGCUGCUGGUCACCUGGCUGGUUCCUGUGGCGUGUCAGCAUCUGUCGCUUUUUACCCUGCUGCAACUUGGCCUGCGCCUCUUGCCAGAUGUGUGCCCGCAGCUGCAUCCACAGCAAGGAGCACCGACUGGCAAAAGUCACCCCACACACACCUGUCAAUGGGAUCCUGACUGGCACAGCAGCCACUGGCAACAAUGCUGAGGAAAAUGUUACCACAGCUGCUGUUUAGAGCAGAAGGACUGACAUUGAAUGCUGCGCUGUGAUCAGUGGUGAACAUUAACUGUUUGACAUGACCAAGAAUCCUUUCAGUGCAGAAUGGACUCAUAUGAUCCAGUGAGUCACACUGGAAAGAGCAGAGCUAAAGGGUAUUGUUUAACCUGUGGUUUGUGUGCUUUAAAUGAGAUGAUGCAGGUGAUGAGACUUUUUUUGUUUAUGUUGUUUUACGAAGGUAGAGCAGGGUACAGUGUGACUAUGGAUUGUAUGAACGUAUGAAUGUAUCUUACAAGAAAGGAUUAAGAGUUCUUAGAAUCACUUGAGAAGCAUUUGUGUUCACAGCAGGCUUUACUUGGGUUGAACUGUUUCUCUUUAAUAUUAUAGUGGAAGCACCAUCAGUUUAAAUGGACAGUUCACUGAAAGUGUUUGACUCCACAAAACACCUCGGGAGUCUCAGGGGUAAACAGUGUUGCAGCCAAAUCCAAUUCUUCAGUAAUAAUAAAAACAACAGAAAGAACAUAAAAUCCCACCAUACUGCUCGUUUGCUGUCAUCCAAGUAUCUGAAAGCCAAGCCAUUCAUAUCCAACUCGAAUCAGCGGCAUUUACACCACGUUUUUUGCCUAAAUAUCCGCUGAAAGCCUCAUAAGACACCCGUUCACGUACGAACAAGCAUACAGGAACAUCGCAAACACUCUUGCCCAAGUGGUGGACUUGUUUUCUGGAUUCCUCCACCCCUCUAUCAACAUAGUGGUUAGUAGAUAAUGAGUGAAUUUUUCACUUUUUGGUAAACUAAUCCUUUUAGAGACGGCUAAUGAAGCUUGAGAAGUUCAGCCAGUUAAGCUUCUCCAGAACACACAAUGGCGUGUAUUAGGCUAUCAGUGUGGACAGUUUCACAUAUAUAUUUAUAGAUUUUUUUUUUGUUUCUUCUAAAUGUGUUUUUAUGUUCUGUCUUAGAAGUAACAAUUUUGGUAGACAAUGAAACUACAGCUCCAGUGUACAACUUUGACCAAAGGUCUGCCAUGGACACAUGUUGAGGACACAGCCACAGAACAAAGUCAAUUAACCACCUGGUGAUAGCAGCUGUUCUCCGAUGGAGAAAUUCCUUCAACCACUUAACUCUCCUCCCAGCUGCCUGCUGCUGUUCGUCAUACUGUACGCGCCAAUGGGAUGUCUGGACACUGGAGCACAAAGUCAUCCAGUAUCUAGCGGUCAACAUGCUUAAGAGAUGUACGUUGUGGUAAAUAAGUAUUAUCUCCUGACAAGUGUGUGUGCAUAAAACAACAAAUUCAAAAGAAACAUGCAAAACGACCUACUUAAAUACAAUUGAAUUUUUAGUGCCAAUCACAACAUAGUUAUUUGAAGGCACUUCACAUAGUAAGAUAGAGACCUCACAAUAUUAUAGAAAACCAAACAGUUCAGUUUAUAAGGCAGAACAGAUUGCAGCCCAGUGUGAUAAGAUGAUAUUUUAACUUAAGGUUGUGAGGCUCAACAGGACACAGCACAUUGCCCUCCUGAUCUAUACCCUCCACUCGUCGUUGAAGGCUCUCGAUCAGAUGUUGGGACCUGGUUGCAUGGCUUUGCUCUUAUUCAGACAAAAGAUUAUUAGUCAGGACAAACAGGAAUGUUGAGCGAUAAAGCCUGACUCACAGUCAGCGCCCCAGUUCAUCCGGUGUUGCCUUUGUGAAUAGGGGACAUUGAGACAUUGAUACAUACAUAAACCACGAAUUUGGAGAUACUUUUGUUUGAUUUACUCUGUUUAAGGCUACAUAUAGUGGUGUCUACAUACUCUUAUUGUAUUUACUUGUUUUUGUUUAUUAUAAAACUGAAAAAACACACCAUACUAAAAUAUGGGUAAUUUAUGUAUUGUCCCGAAGUCAAUCAAAAUCUAAAUAUGUGGUUGACAUCUUUCUAUAGAUUCUUCUGUUGUCUUCCUGACCUCAUGUACAGUAAAUACUAAGUAAAGUAAAGUAGUCACUGUACCCAGAUUAAUAGUCCAUGGGAGGGGUGACUAGUUGAUGUGUUCACCAGGCAAAAUGUCUUUAUGGAAUCCUUGGAGUAGCUCCAUAACCUUUCCUUGCCCCUGCCACACUGUGUGUUGUGUAACCACCUGCAUUACUGUCUUUUUAGGUAUUUUGAAUUGUGCAUGUUUAAGACACAGGGCCACAUACGCUUAAACAAACCUUGUGUCUCCAGGUUGCUCCCCACUGAAAGCAUGCAGACUUCAUGCAGGCGUCAUGAUGUAUCUCGCUCUGCUCAGACUGUACAAUAAUGCAGCUGCCUCCUAACACAAUCAGACAACAUACACACAGUAAAAUAUACAUACCUUGAACUCUCACACACUCAGACAUCCAUGUGCGUCACUGUGGCGAAGGUCAACUCUCCAGCUGGAUGUCCCUUCCAACUAAACUUUUCUCGCAUUUGACUUUAAACUUACAUUUUUUUAUGGUUUCUACUGUUACAGGCUGAUUUUAUAUUUUUUUUGUUA